AUGGUAACGACGCUGCCGAAGAUGGCGGCCGAGUGGGGUGGAGGAGUGUGUUACUCCGGGUCGGGCCCGUCUCCUAACCGGUGGCGCUGGAGUGCUUCUUUGUGCGUCCGAGGCGUUUUACUACUGUUAGGCGGCCUGCCGGCAAGCACCAUGUCUAUUCCCAUCUCCGUGGGCACCUCGCCGCCCUGCCGGCACCACGUCCCCUCUGACACUGAGGUCAUAAAUAAGGUUCAUCUUAAGACAAAUCAUGUUGUAAAGAGAGAUGUUGAUGAACACUUAAGAAUUAAGACUAUCUAUGAUAAAAGUAUUGAAGAGUUGCUCCCUGAGAAAAGAUACCUUGUAAAGAACAAACUUUUCCCACAAGCUAUUUCUUAUUUAGAGAAGACUUUUCAGGUUCGUAGACCUGCUGGCACUAUCUUACUUAGCAGACAAUGUGCAACAAACCAAUACCUACGGAAAGAAAAUGAUCCUCAUAGAUACUGUACUGGUGAAUGUGCACCACAUACAAAGUGUGGACCAGUUAUUGUGCCUGAGGAACAUCUCCAGCAAUGUAGGGUUUGCCGAGGGGGUAAGUGGCCCUGUGGAGCAGUGGGUAUGCUGGAUCAAGAGGGUGUCCGAGAUGCAGACUUUGUCCUUUAUGUUGGUGCUCUGGCCACUGAGAGAUGCCGCCAUGAAAACAUUAUCUCUUAUGCAGCCUAUUGUCAGCAGGAAGCAAAAAUGGACAGGCCAAUAGCAGGAUAUGCUAACCUGUGUCCAAAUAUGAUCUCUACCCAGCCUCAGGAGUUUAUUGGGAUGCUGUCCACAGUGAAACAUGAGAUUAUUCAUGCCCUGGGUUUCUCUGCUGGGCUCUUUGCAUUCUACCAUGAUAAAGAUGGAAAUCCUCUAACUUCAAGGUUUGCAGAUGGUCUCCCGCCUUUUAAUUACAGUCUUGGAUUAUAUCAGUGGAGUGAUAAAGUAGUUCGAAAAGUAGAAAGAUCAUGGAACAUACGAGAUAAUAAGAUAGUUCGUCACACUGUGUAUCUGCUAGUAACACCUCGUGUUGUUGAUGAAGCACGAAAACAUUUUAAUUGUCCAAUUCUAGAAGGAAUGGAACUUGAAAAUCAAGGUGGUAUGGGCACUGAACUCAACCAUUGGGAAAAACGGUUAUUAGAGAAUGAAGCAAUGACUGGUUCUCAUACCCAGAACCGAGUCCUCUCUCGAAUCACUCUGGCAUUAAUGGAGGACACUGGCUGGUAUAAAGCAAAUUACAGCAUGGCUGAGAAGUUAGACUGGGGCCGAGGAAUGGGCUGUGACUUUGUCAGGAAGAGCUGUAAGUUCUGGAUUGAUCAGCAGAGACAAAAAAGGCAGGUGCUGAGCCCGUACUGUGACACGCUCAGAAGUAAUCCAUUACAAUUAACUUGCAGACAGGACCAGAGAGCAGUUGCAGUGUGUAAUUUGCAGAAGUUUCCUAAACCUUUGCCACCAGAAUAUCAGUACUUUGAUGAACUCAGUGGAAUACCUACAGAAGAUUUGCCUUAUUAUGGUGGGUCAGUAGAAAUUGCUGACUAUUGCCCUUUCAGUCAGGAAUUCAGUUGGCAUUUAAGUGGUGAAUAUCAACGCAGCUCAGAUUGUAGAAUAUUAGAAAAUCAACCAGAAAUUUUUAAAAACUAUGGUGCCGAAAAGUAUGGACCCCAUUCAGUUUGUCUAAUCCAGAAGUCGGCAUUUGUUAUGGAAAAGUGUGAGAGGAAGCUGAGUUACCCAGACUGGGGAAGUGGAUGUUAUCAGAUUUCUUGUUCUCUUCAAGGUCUAAUGGUUUGGGUCCAAGAUACUUCAUAUUUAUGCAGCCGGGCUGGACAGGUCCUCCCUGUCAGUAUUCAGAUGAAUGGUUGGAUUCAUGAGGGAAACCUGCUCUGUCCAUCAUGCUGGGAUUUCUGUGAGCAGUGUCCUCCAGAGACAGAUCCCCCAGUGGCUAACCUGACCCGAGCUCUUCCACUGGAUCUCUGUUCCUGCUCCUCCAGCCUGGUGGUCACCCUCUGGCUUCUGCUAGGCAAUCUGUUUCCUCUGCUGGCUGGAUUUCUUCUCUGUGUAUGGCACUAAGAAUGGAAAAGUGAAAUUUAAAGAAAAGUGAAUUCUCAACUCCUUUAUCUCAUAUUCCUGUGAACAAAGCACAAAAUCUGGGCAAGCGUGAACCUGUGCAAUGGUAGAAGUGGCACUUUGGCUUGGGCCUGUUGACUACAAUGGACCUUGAAGCAAAACUUCACAGCAGUCGCUCCUCAUCAACUACCCAGCCACCUCAAAGAUUGGAGAAGGAGAAGGAAUUACAAGUCACCACAUCUUAUACUUCAAGAUACAUAAUCUCCCUGAAGUUUUCUUUUGAAAACAGGAUAAUUGGUGAAAUUCCCAGAGUGAUUACAUACCUCAGCAUUUUCAUUAACCUAAAAUGAUAAGCAAGUUCAUCAUGGACACCACAGUAACAAACAAAUAAUAGCCAAUUAUUACAAAAUUGUAAGUUGUGGAUCUUGCCCUCAGAAGUAUCAGUUGCCCUUUAAUUUACAGAAAAUAAUGAAUUAAAAUUUCUACAUCACUAUUACACUUAUUUUAAAUUUGAUGGCUGUACGUAUAGUACACUUUUAUUUGGGCUUAGUUUAGUUUGAUUUGGUUUUGGUUUCAAGACAGGGUCUUAGUAUGUGGCCCAGGCUGGCUUUUUGCUGGCAAUCUUCCUGCCUCAACUUCCCAUGUAUCUGGGAUAGAGGCUUGUGCCAUCAUGCCCCACUUGUCCAUAGUACAUUUGUAUCAUUGUUCUCAUUGUUUGUCCUGAAGAGUUUUAAACUGUUUUACUAAGUCUUGUGAUUUCAUUCCGCUUGCCUUUUUUGCCAGCUGUGUAGCAGUCUACUACUGAACUGUUAUCAGUGUAUCGUUAACCCUGUCUACUCACCGAUCUUCAGUGCUCAGCUUCCAUUUCAUUGUCCAUUAACUUAAUAAUGACUCCAAAAAAUGUGGAAGCAGAGAGUAAAACACACUGCCCUGCAAAAACGUUGAAGAUGUGCAACCAGAAGAAAAAAUUGUUGUACAUUUUUCAGGUAUUAGUUAUGACAACUGUAAUCCAAUGAAGCAAAACCAUUUAUUUUAUCCCUUUUGAACAAUGUAGAUGAAAAGAAAUUGUGUUAUAAACAUGUAUGUGGUUAUUAUUUUCAGUGGACUAAAAUUGUUCAGGAAGAAUUUAGAAUACCUGAAAAAUUUUUUAUGCAUAAGAUGAAAUUUGUAUCUUUUACCUCCUGCUUUUGAUAACUCUCUUACCACAUAGAUUUUGUGAAAUAAUUCUACUGUGGUACCAGAGCACCAACCCCAUUUAGCGAUUCCUCUUUGAAAUUUCUUUAAUGACAGGCGAUGCCCAGUUUUUCUCUCUAAAGCUAAUAAGUUCUGUAGCAUUAAAAAUUCAACCCUUGAAGGAAGCUUGUUUAGAAAUUGUGCUAAAUGAGCAAAGCAGCAUAACUGCUGUUUUGGCAGUCCCACGUAAAGUUACUUUUUUAAAAUACAUAAAUCUAAAGUAUAUGUUUGCAUGAGAUAUAAAUUAGAGGUAUUUGUGGUAUUUGUCAUUGUGAAAGCUGGGGCCCCAAACAUAGUUAAUUUCAGUUUAAGAGAAAGAGUGGUCUGCUGGACAACACUCAGUAUUAUACAUCUAUUAAAUUAUGCAAGGUGAGAGAAAAGUAGAGUAUAUUUUUAAAUAAAUGUAUAAUUAUCUAAACUUACAUACUUAUUAUUAUUAUGUAUCACCCCACAAAGUUGUAUAAAGAACUUCACCAAAAAAUCAAAUGGAUUAAUAAUAUAUUUGAGAUUCACAGUGCUAGGUUUGACUAUAUUUUGACUGUUGUGCAGUAAUGCCAUUAGGUAGUAUUGUUUCCAAGCAUGGUGCUUUUUAUACUUGAAAUAUAUUUUUGCUUUAUUUUUUGAUAUAAUUAUAUUUGCACUGAUGACUUUAUGAAGAAAAUAUUAUGGAUGACAUUUUUUGUAUAUAUAUUUAUUAAGCUUGGAAUCUGGUGACCCAGUGUUUUCUCUGCACAAACAUGAAAUGUGAUGGAGUAUGAGAUUAAGAAAUUGUGAGUUCCUGAAGGUAACUGACUGCAUUGAUGUCUCCCUUUCUCUUCAGUAAAGCUUAAUCAAGGUUGUUUAUAACUGAUUCUGCAUAGUAUACUCAGCAAGACUUAGAAGGACACUAAACCUGUAAGAAAUUUUAAGAGACAUAUUUUAGUCUCUUAGAAUAUGACAAUUUUGAAGCAAAAACUUUUAAAAUCUGAGACAAUGCAGAAAUAUUAGUCUAAAAUUCAGCUGUGAACUGAAGAAUUUGAAAUUGCAUACAUGCUGGUAUUCUGUGGUGGUUAGGAGUGGGCUGCAGCUGGGGUAAAAGUUAAGUGGAGCAGGGAAGAAGAAUGCAGAGCUGCUAAUUUGGGGACAAUGAACUAGAGUCCCCUCCCAAUUCAAAAAAGGUCAAGUGCUUAUAAAAACUGACUACCUCGGUUUUCAGUUCAAACUUAGAUUCAUUUUGUUUGUUUUAAGGUCCCAGUUAUCAAAAAUAUCAUAAGAAUUUGUCUCAGGUUUUGAAGACCAGAAUUUACAGGAAGGAAAUAAAAGCCAUGUCAGUAGCCUUGAGCUGACAGCUUUAAAGAAACUGGCAAGCAGUUAGGUAGUCAUAAUGUAGUUCUCUCUGGUAUUUUCUCAGAAAACAUUCUUUUUCCUUGCUUUUUUCUUAAAAUCGGCAAACCUUACCUUUUUCCUAUAAGAUAUUUAUUUUUGUUAAGACCAAAUGGAUAUUCUAAAAAUGUUAAAAUAUGGUUAACAUAAGUUUUCAGUGUAUUUUGGCUUAGUUUAUCAAUAUUUAAAGUUGAAACCUAAUUUUUCGAUGUUUAAAUAGUUUUAGGAAGAUACAUAAAUAGAUAUUAUCAGAGUAUUCCAUAAAAUUUUAUUGAUGUGCUUUUCAGUGUGAGAAGACUUACUGUUUGAGGCCAUCUAAAAAACAACUAGAUGAUUUCUCAGAAUCCUUCCAGCUGUAAUAUUCUAUGACUAAUUCUCAGCCACAUUGCUUGUCACCACUGGCUCUGAUCCACCUCCUGGAGUGUGCAGCCUUCAUGUUGUGCUCAUCACAGAGUCUUUGCUCAAUGCCUUACUGCUGUCCAUGUCUUUGGACACCUGAUGGACAGAGAAGAAUCUGUCUCUGAGGGCAGUUGAGUGACAAUCCCCAAAGAAGGAGACGGACUUAAGUCACAGCCCCACAGCCCUAUUUCACAAUGGACACUGGUCAUUCCCGCCAUGACCUUGCAGUCCAGGAGGAUGAACAUAUUUUGAUAGUCUAUAGUUUUCAUUCUGAAGAGAGAACUUUCCUGAAAAGAAGAAUUUUUUUUUUAAUGUAUAUUGGGUCGGGGGGAGGGGAGGUAGUGUUGAAUUAUUUUCUUUUAUGUUUACACUUUUAAUAAGUAAAAUAGAAGAUUUGAAAAUUAUUCUUUAUUUAUAGUAAUGAACUUUAAGUGUAAUAUAUUCCUUAGAAAAAAAACAAUUUUAAUAAAAAAUGGAAACUAA